AUGGCCGCGACUCGUCUGCUCCCCGUUCUCCUCCUGCUCCUCGUCUCUCACGCCGUCCCGUCGUCAGCUGCGCCUCGUCUGCCUAAACGAAUCGCUCUGACCGUUCAAGCCCACGCGCAGCGCCUUCGAGCACGAGCCGCGGCUUUGAGUUCGAACUCCCAGGGCCUCUUGAGUCAGUUCCGCGGCGCCGUAACCCCCGCCGCAACCGGCGGGCCCAUUAAGUACUGGGGAGGUCCUAUCGUCGCGGGUAACCCGACGGUGAACAUCUACCAUAUCUACUACGGUAGCUGGCCGUCGGGUUCCGGACAGGACUACAUCGACAACUUCGUUAGGUCUUUAAGUAGCGACUCGGGCGCGCAGGGUUCGUCGAGCGACCCGACGGUGAAGAACUGGUGGGCAAUAACGUCGAACUACUAUCAGUCGAGCAACGGCGCGAAGAAGAACGUGAGCUCCAAGGUGCGGCUCGCGGGGACGACGUACGACAACUACUCGUACGGCAAAUCGCUCACCGACAGCUACGUGCUCUCUAUUGUCAAGAGCAAAAUCGGAUCUGGCAAGGCGUUUGCGUACGACCCGUACGGGAUUUACGUGCUUCUAACGAGCAAGGACGUGACUGAAUCGUCGGGCUUCUGCAGCCAAUACUGCGGAUGGCACACGGCCGACUAUAUCGGGUCAUCUCCGUUUUACUACGCGUUCGUGGGUCAUCACGGCCAGUGCCCCAGCGCGUGCGGCGUAAAGAGCACUUCCCCCAACGGCAAUUUCGCGAUUGACGCCACCAUUUCAACUCUCGCGCACGAAAUUACUGAAGCCGCUACGGACCCGGAUGUGCAGUCCGGUUGGUUCGACGCAAAUGGGGAGGAGAACGGAGAUCUCUGCUCUUGGAGUUACGGAACGACACUCAGCUCAAACGAGGUCUCCAUUGUCCGCUGCCCCCACGCCAUCCGCAACUGCAAGGCUCCAAGGCCGCACAGCCGUUCGGGCAGUUCGGGCAGCCAUGAAUGGGCGCGUGCCACGCCCUCUGACAUCCCCCCGGUCAUUGAAAGUUUUCACCUGCCCGAUCGUCUGCGCCCUCGCGAGCCGCACGAGGCGAGAUUUGACGUGGAGAGGAUUCCUGCUAUAUUAGAGCUGUGCGUUCAGGCUGGUGUAGACCUGCCAGUCCUGCGCACCAAGCGCUGA